AUGUCUUCUUCCCUGGGGUGUACAAAGGAAGUUUUGCAGCAGGUCAACCAGUUCUGGUCCAUGUUAGACGACCUGUCUCAGAAUGACCCUCAAAGCUACCAGAUGUUUAUCGAGAAACAGAUGAAACAGGGAACUGAUUAUAAUGCACCACCUCAGCCUGACUCCUGCCUACUCACCGAAAUGCUGGAGCCAAAGAAAGGGUUGCUGUACAUCAAUGUGUGUGGCUGGAAGCGCGUCCCUACCCCUGCUGAUGAGAACAAGCCCGUGCCUGUGUGUGGAGGGAGACUGGAGACAUACACUGAUGAAGGAGGAGACGAUUACAGUGUGAUGGAUGUGGCGUUCAGCCCUGCGGUGCUGCAGCAGGCUCAGAAGGACAAGAGGGAGGACCAGGUUCACCUGUUAGCUCUGAGCUUCACCCAGCAGCAGCAUGGCCUGCGUCUGAUCCAGCAGUACAACGUCAGCAGCAGUAAGCUGAAGGGCAGCCUAGAGGACAUGCAGCGCCGCCUGGGUUCUCUAAAACAGUCCAGCCCUGCCACCAACACAGCCUCCCAGACCCCAGCUUCCCUGCUUCAGCAGAUCUCUCUGCGUGAAGGGCAGACUGAGGACAGUACACCUGUGCAGCUCAUCACAUCUGUCCAGCGAACUCCUGGGCCAGGGGACCAAAGCAACAAGACCAAGAACCUGAUCCAGGUGAUCUCUAGCUCAGUGACAGCCCAGCCUCAGCGGCCACAGCACCAGCUCACUGUCAACUCUGACCCCAGGGACCUCUCUCGGAGCCUGGAGCUGACUGUGGAGCUACCAAAGGUUCAGUCCAUCACAGAGUGCCAUCUCAGCAUUUCCCAGGAUGAUGUACUACUAGAAGUGGAGGAUAUGUACCAUCUACACCUGGAGCUGCCUGAGACUGUGAAUGAGGAGUCGGCCUCUGCCACAUUCAACAAGAAGAAACGGUUAUUAACUUUGCAAGUGUCUAUACUCUAG